AUGGGUCAGAAAAUAUCUGCCGUCCACGGUGUCAAGUCCGAUGACUUCACACAGCCAGGAAACGCCGUCAACGAAAUCUGGGUUGGGGAUACUGAAGUCAUCUCUCGUCUUCCGUUUGGCGACAAUGACAUUGAACAAGCCGGCUGGCCGAAAGACGGCAUGCCGAAGAUACCGUGGCAUAACUUCAUCAUCCCCAUGAAACGUGGUAUCAUCGCUCCCCCCAGAUAUAACCAUUCAUUUUACUUGAACGGCAUUUACGAGGUGCCGGCGGAUCAGAUGGUCUGCUGCAACCGAGAUGGGUGUAUCUCUAAUCAGGGCAUCACUCGCACCGUUAUUACGCAAGACCUUGUUGCUCAACAUCCUUUACAAUUCCUGUUCGCCCUUGCCAUGACUUUUAUCAGUUUGCGUCUAAUGAGGUCGGUGAGAGCAUUUAGGCAUGCGGCUGUACCCAGAUUCGACAAGAAUAAGGAGUACACACAUCAAGACGAGAAACAUUGGGCACUUGUUUUUACGUCUGCUAUAAUACGUUUCGUUGUCGCCACCAGCAUUUUGUAUUAUACAACUCUUCUUUGGAAAGGGGUUCGCCAGGCCUACCAAUUCAACAGCUGGGACUGGCUAUUGCUAGAAUGGGUGUCGGCUUUGUCUUUGUCAUAUCAAGUAAUAGCCGGUGCAUGGGCCGUUCAGACGCUUUCGAUUGACCUGACCAAAGUUAUGUAUAAGUCCAGGCUGAGCGAACAACAUCUUCACGAAAUUGUUGAUGACAAGCCACAGUUCCCACAAAAAAAACUUCGCGCCUCUGUAUAA